AUGCCACGUGUUGAUUUCUUCACUCUGUUACCGGAUGCAUCGGCGGAUGCUGUGGAUUUACUGGGUCAUAUGUUAGCCUUGGAUCCCGAUGACAGGUUAAUUAAUCUUUGUCUUGGUUCGGCUGAGUACUCGGGAGCGAGAAUUUCCGUAACCGAGGCACUCGAGCAUGCAUAUGUACGAGAUUGUCGUGAUCCUGAAGGUGAACCAGUAGCUGAUCAUCAAGUUGGCAUUGAUGCGGAGGAAGAGGCUGCUACGUCCCUAGAUGAUUGGAGAGAAUUGAUUUGGAAAGAGAUCCAAACGUUCCGUAUGUGCUCACGACGAUUGAGUUAUUCGAGUGGAGAUGAUAAAUGUUCGGUUGAGUUAGAGGAACAGUCUUCGUUCUCUGUGAACGAAGAUAGCGAUGUCGACGAUGUGGAGGAAGAGGGAAACUUUUGA